AUGUCAACAACAGAGAACACAACAACAGUUAUAGUCCAUGAAGCUAUAAAUGAAGAAUAUGAGUGGGUUCAGUUUAACAAACAACUCCGUCUCAUUCGUUCGGUCAAAGACGAUAUGUACCAAAUGCAAAGUAUUUUGACAGCAUGUUUUGCUCCAGAUACUAAGCUUCCUAAAGACUGGUUUAGGAACCAAAGCACACAAGAACUUUUGAGCGAAGCACAGCGAGACAUACUUUUUUCUGAAAACAGUGAAGAACAGCGAGUAGGUAAAAAACCCCAGUCGCCAAAACUCUAUGAAAAUCGUGAAAAAUUGCCAAACGGUUUGAGAGGAUAUUAUGUACAUAGACUUCUUGUAAAUGCUGUUGCAAUGUGGGCUUCGCCUCGUUAUGCUUGGUAUAUUUACAGACUUCUUGACGAAAUUCAUAGACAAGAACGUGAAGAGAUGGAAAACAAGCUUGAAGCAAAAGACAAAAGCAUUCAGAAAAGAAUACCACGUUCGGUACCAAAAGGAAAGGAAAAGAACUAUAAGUAUAUGAUUUAUACUGAAGAGAUGGAAAAUGAAGAAGAUAAAGAU